GCUUUGUUUCCUAAGCCAAAUGCUGAGGGCUGCUGAGAAGCGAUUUGGGGACUAUCUUAAUCCCAUCAGCUGUGUCAUCAAGGAACAGACAGUAGCUCAGAUAAAGGCCACUGUGAAACGCAAGGUAUAUGAAGACUCUGGCAUCCCCCUUCCAGCUGAGUCACCCAAGAAAGGGCCCAAGAAGGUGGCAUCUGGUGUCUUGUCACCUCCAGCUGCCCCUCCUCCCAGCAGCUCCAGUAUCCCUGAGGCCAGGGGUCCCCCCAUAAAGAAACAGAAGGCUGAUGUGACACUCAGUGCUCUGAACGACUCCGACGCCAACAGUGACCUGGUGGAUAUUGAAGGGCUAGGAGAGACUCCUCCAGCUAAGAAACUCAACUUUGACCAGGCCUGAACCUGGAUUCUGGCCUUCUCAUGACUUCUGCUGAUCCUCCUCUCCUCUCCUGCUGAGGCUUCCUCCUCUGACCCCUCUCACUGUUCAUGCCAGACCUGUGGAUCACCUGGGACUCUGAGCAAGGUCUGCAUGAGAGAGGGCUGAAAGGCUGCGGGGGCUGCCACCUUGCUGUUCCCACAUAAGCAUCUGCCCCCAGCCCCUUUGACCUUCAUCUGAUGGACAUUUUUUACAGAAAAUAAUAAAGAUUUCC